AUGAAUGUCUUCAAAGGCGAAUGGAACGGCGUCACCAUAGCUCUUAAGCCUGGAAACCCGCUGCUCGCGCAAUGGCUAAGGAAUAGUCAAACGAAUAUGUUAGAAUUCGAAUAUGUUGGCAUGGAUAUUGCCAAGCGUAUAAAUGCGAACAGGAUGUCGGCGUUGAGGACUUACGAGCAGUCCAGCAUCCUCCACAACAUAAGCCAUGCUCUUAUUUACAUUUAUAGUGAGGGCCUAUACCACUGCGAUAUCAAGCCUGAGAACAUCCUCCUAAGCGACAAUGGGAAACGCGCUGACCUAUGCGAUUUUGGACAGUCCAUCUAG